UCUCUCUCUCUCUCUCUCUCUCUCUCUCUCUCUCUCUCUCUCUCUCUCUCUCUCUCUCUCUCAUCCCAUGCAUGAUAUGAUAAUAGCACGUAAACACUUAAGAAAAGAAUAACUAGCAACUCAUUCGUACACUAACAUUAAUAUAGAACUAACUAGUAAGUGUGACACACAAACACGACUGACGUAAUCCACUUUUGGGAGAAUUUCUGAGUAAUACGGAAGUGGCUGUGAAAUAUUUGAGGAGCGGUGGUAUAUCUUAUAAAGGCUUUCGUUUUGGAGCCAUGCCCUUUCCUAUGUUGCAAUCCGUCGAAUCAAACGACUGUUCAUUGUAUUAUCAAGGGAAGCAGAGGGCGUUAGCAGACUCGACCCUCCCAGUAGGCAAGUGAAGUGUACUUUUGCACAACAGCGAAGCAAACUACAUGCAGAGAGCGCCAUGGAGUAUGCCGCCAUGCUCAGUUCGCCGGACCUGGUGUUAGGCCUGCGCGACCUGCUGGCGGACAGCGACGUGGCGGUGGUGAAGCGCACCGUGCGGGUGUUCGCUAAUGUGUACCGCCACGCGCUGCGGCUGCUGGCGGCGGGCGAGCUGGACGAGGCCACCUUCCAGGCCGCGUGGCCCUCCAUGGCGGGCGUGGCCGACCACAUCCUGGGCAUGCUGGCCACAGCGGAGAACGAGGGCAUCACCGUGCACGUGGUGCGCUUCCUGGAGGCGGCGCUGGUGGCGCACCUCAUGAGUGACGUGAGCCGCUUCCCUGAGGUGGCGGCGCACGCCCCCAAGAUGAUCGCCAAGGGCGUUGCGGCGCUCACAGACCUCAUUUCCACGCCCUACAUCGGCGGGUCGGCCUUCCUGGUGGCGAUCCGCGCCCUUAUCACCGUGGCGUGCUACAAGCCUGACCUGUGGACGCCCGUCACCAACCUCAUCGAGCGCCAGAUCGCCUCGCCGCCGCCCACGCUCUUCGACCACAACGUGCGCUCCCUCCACAAGACGCUGCAGAGGAACCUCUUCCGCCUGCUGCGCCGAGCAGACUCCCCCGCGCUGCGCAGCCAGCUCAUCGAGAUGAUGGUGACGGUGGGCGUACCUCGCCGCAUGCUGUCUCAGUGGGCGCCGCCUGCCGAGACCCGCAAGCGUCCUGCGCAGCCCCAGAGUGAAGAAUCCAUCACAGGGCGCACCACGCCGCCUACCAAAAGGGCCCGCCAGGAGGACGACGACGAGGCAGGGAGAGCCGCGCCCCGCGAUCCCAGGGACGCCCGUGCCUCCCGCGACCCCCGCGACCCGCGCCUUAACGGCCACCUCAGGGAUCCCCGGGAGCCCCGCGAUCCGCGCACCGCCAUGCGGGGUGACCCACGCAAGAGUCCCCCGCAGGAUCCCCGUGUAGGAGCCCCGGGACAAGACCCGCUGCCCUACAACCCCAGGUCGAGGCCCAACUCGCCCCCCGCCUCAAGCAGCACCCCGCCUGAGGCGCAGCCCGCUGCCGCCGCUGCCACCGCCUCGCGCCCCGACAAGAAGGAGAUGUCCAACUUUGAGUUUCUGAAGAGCCUGAUCAGCACCAAGAAGAAGGCGUCGUCGUCCUUCCUGGAGAAGUGCACGGAGAAGGAGCGCGCGCUGUACGAGCGUCUGGACCACCCCAGCGUGGUGCGCCUCGUGCUGUCCUGCCUGGAUAGCGUUCCCGACUCGCCGCCCGAGGACCUGCUGGCCAAGCUGGGCCGCACCUCUGGGGACGUGACAGGCAUCAGGGAGCAGCUCACCUCCCUGUUGGCGCCGCACAUCCACGCAGACUUCAUCAGCAGCCUGGCUGACGACGAGGGCAGCGCGCCCCCGUCGCGUCCCUCCUCCAACUCAUCGGCAUUUUCCGCUCGCGGCACGCCCAGCCACAGCGAGGCCUCGCCGCCCUCCCCGCCCUCCUCCGCGCGUUCCACACCCUCAGACCCCGCUCAGGUGUGCCACUCAGACGUGGACCUGCGACACCUGCUGAACCGCGGCUUCCGCACCACCGGCGACGUGGACAUGCGCGACACCAGACACCUGCUGCCCCGCGAGCCGCCCGUCACCGAUCCCGCGGAGGCACCGCGCGCUGACCCUCGCCCCGCCAUCGCUACCAGCACCAGGCUGGACCCCAGGAUCGCCAUGCCUGACCCACGCCGCGCCGAGCACGAGCGCGGCGAGGCGCCCCGGGGCGGCCUGGACCCCCGCAUCACGCAGGCGUACACCAAUUCUCACGACCCCAUGGUGGGGCGCGGCGGCCCUUUCAUGGAAGGCUCGCGCCCCCAGUACAUGGCAGGCCACCCGCCGCCUCCACACGGCUACAUGCCCAGCGGGCCCCACGGCUACAUGGAAGGCGGACGGCCGCCCUUCAUGGAGGGCGGCGGCGGCAUGGUAGGCAUGCGGCACGGCUUCGACAUGCCGGGCUACGAGGGGCAGUACCCCACGCCGCACAUGGGCGGCCCCAUGGGCGGCCCGCAGGACUUCAUGGGACCCCGGGGAAUGAUGGGUGGUGGCCCACGGGGCAUGGGCGGCCACUGGCAAGGGGGCGGCGUUCCCCACAACAGGAUGGGAGUCAUGAUGCCACUCAUGAACGGCGGAUCGGGCAUGUUCUCCCCGCCCAUGCACCUGUGACAGCCCCGCCCCGCGCCCGCGCCCCGCCUUUUGUACCUUUUCAAUACAUGAUGCCACACAGCCCGCCUUUCCUGCCCCUAGCCAUUCCCCCGCCCUGCACUCACUUCCUGGGAGAGAGAGAGAGAGAGAGAGAGAGAGAGAGAGAGAGAGAGAGAGAGAGAGAGAGAGAGAGAGAGA